ACAGUUACCAUGGUGCUGACCAACAAACAGGAAGACUGAGGUCCUGUGCCAGAUAACAACACUGCUAAAUAGGCUUUGGGAGAAUUUCACUAACAUUCUUUCAUCCCUCACCAUACUCUAUGCCAGACCUGCAUGACUGCGGAUGCAGAAUACUGUGUAUCACAUCAGAAGAAAAGGACAACAGUAGGAAAUAUAGGAAACAUCCAGAAUGACUGAUAUGACCAAGCUUCACCAGGCUGUUUCUGUAGGAGACUACAAUUUGGUAAUGAAAAUGCUAAAUAAGGGGCUUUAUAAUCCAAACCACAAAGAUGAAGACUGGAAUGACCGGACUCCACUUCACUGGGCUGCAAUUAAAGGACAUGUUGAAAUAACAAAACUUCUAAUAGCCUAUGGAGCCAGACCCUGUUUGGUGACUGAUGUCGGUUGGACCCCGGCACAUUUUGCAGCUGAAUCAGGUCGACUAGGAGUGCUCAAAAUUCUCCACAUGCUGCAUGCUGCCAUUGAUGCCCCAGAUUUUUUUGGAGAUACUCCAAAGAGAAUUGCACAGAUCUACGGGCAGGAAGAAUGCACGGCAUUCCUAGAGAAAGCUGAAGUUGAGUGUCAGGCCCAUCGAUUAAUGAGCCAGGAGAAGGGGCUGCCAUUAGACCAGAAAGAUGAAGAAUGGGAACUCAAGAAACAAGAACUCGAAAAGCCUUUCUCUUAUCUAAAUCAAAAGAAAAAUAGAAAAAAGAUGAAAAACUCUCAAGUUCCCCAUUAGGCUCCAUGUGGUCAGGCUCAGUGUUUGGCAAGGGAAAUCACAUAAAUAAAACAAGAUACUCUCAAAUAAUUGAUCCUGA